AUGGUUCUUCUUACAGAUUGUUCUACAUCAUUUCUCCAGGCAGAUAAAGAGAAGAUAACCAUGGAGGGGACAAGCAUCGCAGUAACCUGUCUGUAUGAUGCAAAAUACAGGUGGUACAAAAAAUACUGGUGCCAGGGAAGUUCACGAACAUAUUGCGAUAUUUUAGGAGACACAGACAAUGUAAAGGGAAAUUAUAAAGGAAGAUUGUUACUCAGAGAUAACAAAAGAGGAGUAUUUACAGUGAUCAUGCAGCAGCUAGCAGAAGCUGAUUCAGGAACAUAUUGGUGUGGAAUAGAUAGACCGUAUGCUGAUAUAAUGAUUCAAGUGAAACUGGUGGUCAAGAAAGAUCCUGAAAGAUGGGGCAGUGUAAGAACCACUUCUUCCUCCACCCCCUCCUCUACUUUUUCCACUACUACACCGUCUACAGUUGAGAUGGCUACAGCUUUUCCAGGCAAUUCCAAAUUACAUUUAAAUGUAUCAUUCCCUUCCAACUCCUCUGGCCAUCUUGGUGUCACAAAAGGUUUUAGAAAUUGGAACUGUAGUCCAUGGGGUAUUCUGCGUUGGAUGAUCUUGCUUAUUCUCUUAGCUGCUUUGAUGGUUAUUCAUUGGAAUAGGGUGCAUUAUAAUUGGUGA